AUGGCAAUGGAUUUAAAUGAAGUCAAAAUCAACGUAAGGAGCCUGUUAACCAGUUCGCAAAAACCACUCAGUAUUUUACAGCUUCAAAGAGAUUACCGUGAACAAGAAGGAUGUAACUUACCUUAUAGAAGUUUAGGUUUUAGUUCAGUCAUUGAAUUGCUUAAAAAUAUGACCGAUGUUGUAACUGUCCCUCCAAACCCAAAUGAAUCAUCUAUGUUAUCUCUUGUCGUUGGCGAUAAAACUAACCAUUUAAGAAUGCUUGUUGUUAAGCAAAAAUCGAAUACUAAAAAAAAGAGAAGCAAAUCAAACUCGAAUAAACGAAUAGUACAUCAAAAUCAUAAUAGACAUAACAAUUUUUCUGGACGUAACUCUUAUAAUCAAAGGAUGCCUACUACAACCAACGGUUAUUCAAACAACAAAUAUCAAAAUACUAGAAGUGACUAUCCUAGAUCCAAGAAUUAUUCUAUAAGUUCAAAUCAAUUAAACCAGUCAUAUUCAUCAUCUAGUAAAAGUCAUUCUGAUACGAAAAUAAAUGGUACUAGCCAUACAGCCAAUUCCAGUUAUGGUUAUGUGACGGAUAACUUACGUUAUGAUAUAGAAAGAUACAUAAUUGCAAAUAAAAUGCUGAUAACUUUAAAUGAAUUAAAGGAAAUAGUACAAAAGCAUCCUGACUAUUCGGUUACGGACAUACAUAGUAUGGAUGAUUUAAAAGAUCGAGUAAAAGGUUUUUUAGAUAUAAAUGGUGAAAACGUUUCUUUUAAACAUUCACUUCACUCUAAAUCUAAUAUACAACGGGUACACCAUGACACAGGACCAGAUUCAACACCAAAUAUACCAGCUUUGAGUCAAAUUAAUGGUGAUACUAAAAAUUUAAUCGAUUCAGGAUCAUAUGAAUGUAAUGAUCAAAAUGUAUUAUCUGAAUUGUUUUCACGGUUAACAGUUGAUGGAUUUAAAAAUAGUAAUAAUGGAAUGAAUGGUAAAACAAAUGAUGCAUCAAUUGAACAUUCGACUGAAUAUAUAGACAAGUGUAAAAAUCAAAGUUUGAUGAGAUCAUUUCAAAGUGGUUUUAAUAAUACAGAUAAAAAUUCUGAUAUUGCUGAAGCUUGUUUAAUAAAAAAUAUUGAACAUGUAAAAAGUCAAUCAGAAAUAAGAAAUAAUAAAAAUGUUUGUACAAGACUUGUAAAUGAAAAGAAAUUGCAGUCGAGUUCUAUUUCUAUGAACGGUGAUAAUUUUUUAAACAAUUCAAAUUCAUUUCUGCAUUCUACUCCAAAGAAAAAUAAUAAUGAUUCAAUAAUAUUGAAUGGAAACCUAAGUCAUACUCCUAAGUUAGUGGAGUUAAAUAUUGAGAGAAUAUUCAAAGUGUACGAUAAAGGUGUGAAUUUUGAGAAUUUUAAGUUCAUUUAUACCCAACUGUACAACACUCCUAGUGAUUUUGAUGUUUCAUCAAUUAAACAGAUGUUUGACUCAUUAGAUAAAAUUACUGAAGUGCGAAAUAAUGUAUUCUACCCAAAAAAUAAGUUUGAAUUGAAUGAAAAAGAGAAUUUAGAAAAUUACAAUAAUUGCUUGGUAAAAAAUAUUAAAUUAAAUAAUGAAACAAUUACUACAAAUCUACAACAGCCAAUAUUGUCUUUUAAUAAGGACAAAAAAAUAAUGCGGUUGGUUUGUACAUAUAAUCCAAGUUUAUUUUUUUUACAAUUGGAACCUUUGGAACUUUUGGACCAUUUAAGGAUUCAAAUGCAAUAUACUUAUGAAAGUAAAAGUAACAAUUAUUUGGUUGAACCACAUCAAAUAUUACCAGGUUUAUUUUAUGCAACAUCUUAUUCUUCAUUUUCGAAUUCAAAUCAGUGGUACCGAGUUAAAGUUUUAAAAGUAAAUCCAACCACCGUUGAAGUAAUUUAUGCGGACUAUGGAAAUGUUGACAAUAAUAUACCUAAAACUGAAUUAAGAUUUUUGAAUUAUAAUUUUUGUACUUUACCAUGUCAAGCAAUCCAGUGUUGUUUGACUGGUUAUAAUGAACUUGAUUCAAUUGCACCAGAAGUUUCAAAAGCAUUUAUGGAAAUCAUUAAUAUUGAUAAGCCGGUUUUGGUUGUGGUUGAUGAUCAUUUUAUAUUCGGUAAUCAGUACCAAAUCUUACAUGUCACCUUGUUCCAAUAUAAAUCUAAUGAUUUAAAAACACUAGAAAAUAUCAACAACGAGUUGUAA